AUGUCCCAGAGCAGGCAUCGCGCCGCAGCCCCGCCGCUGGAGCGCGAGGACAGCGGGACCUUCAGUUUGGGGAAGAUGAUUACAGCUAAGCCAGGGAAAACACCAAUUCAGGUAUUACACGAAUACGGCAUGAAGACCAAGAACAUCCCGGUUUAUGAAUGUGAAAGAUCGGAUGUGCAAAUACACGUACCCACUUUCACCUUCAGAGUAACCGUUGGUGACAUAACCUGCACAGGUGAAGGUACAAGUAAGAAGCUGGCGAAACAUAGAGCUGCAGAGGCUGCCAUAAACAUUUUGAAAGCCAAUGCAAGUAUUUGCUUUGCAGUUCCUGACCCCUUAAUGCCUGACCCUUCUAAGCAACCAAAGAACCAGCUUAACCCUAUUGGUUCAUUACAGGAGUUGGCUAUUCAUCAUGGCUGGAGACUUCCUGAAUAUACCCUUUCCCAAGAGGGAGGACCUGCACAUAAGAGAGAAUAUACCACAAUUUGUAGGCUAGAGUCAUUUAUGGAAACUGGAAAGGGGGCAUCAAAAAAACAAGCCAAGAGAAACGCUGCUGAGAAAUUUCUUGCCAAAUUCAGUAAUAUUUCUCCAGAGAACCACAUUUCUUUAACAAAUGUAGUAGGACAUUCUUUAGGAUGUACUUGGCAUUCCUUGAGGAAUUCUCCUGGUGAAAAGAUCAACUUACUGAAAAGGAGCCUCCUCAGUAUUCCAAAUACAGAUUACAUCCAGCUGCUUAGUGAAAUCGCCAAGGAACAAGGUUUUAAUAUAACAUAUUUGGAUAUAGAAGAACUGAGCGCCAAUGGCCAGUAUCAGUGUCUGGCUGAACUCUCCACCAGUCCCAUCACAGUCUGUCACGGCUCCGGGAUCUCCUGCGGUAAUGCACAGAGUGAGGCAGCUCACAACGCUCUGCAGUAUCUAAAGAUAAUAGCGGAAAGAAAGUGAGCCGGAAGCGAUCCCGAAAGCCCUCGGUAGCACAUAAGAAGUGCCCCUUCGCCCCUUCCCAAGUAAAACGUUUACUACGUUUGAGUUUGUGUGUUGUUUCUAAAUCUCUUCAUAGAUUCCAUCAACACUCCAGGU